AAACUCACUCCUCACUUGGUAUGGUUUUGAGACUUCUUUAGACACAUUCCCCCCAUGUGGUCUGGGGUUCCCUGCAGGGAGUCCCUCCUCCCACAAUGGCCAGUUCCACGAUGGCCGGCAAAGCACGUGAGCGGGGAGACUCCUUUUCCACCGAUGACAUAAGCAGGCGUGCGCUCCCCUUGGUGGCAAAGGGGAAAACCCCGUGGCCUGGCGAGGCAAAGUUUGGGGAGAAGAGGAUGGUUUAUGAUUCCAGGAGAGUGCCCCUGUGGUCGCGACUCUUCUCAUCAACUUAUGCCGGUUAUCGUCACUUGAAGCCUUCGGGGUCGAGGUACUCCGGUCGCUAUCGUCGUUCUUUAUUCCGCCGCAUCUGCAACUAUGUUUCUGCCGUUAUCGGCGUUAUAUUCCUUCUCAUCGUCCUGACCUCCAUAUUCCGGCCCUCCUAUACCCAGCCGCCGCCACAUUACUUGUCGCUUCGGAAUGCGGUGUCUCAGUCAACGAAAUCCGGCCGAGGCAACAUCCGCAAUGAAAAAGUCUUCAUCGCAGCGAGCUUAUAUGACCCUGAUGGCGAUCUAGCACGAGGACAUUGGGGGGACAGUGUGCUUGAGCUGAUCGAUCUGCUCGGAGAAGACAAUGUUUUCUUGAGCAUCUAUGAGAACGACAGCGGUCGAGAUGGAGAGAGUGCGCUUCAAGAUCUGGCGGAUCGGGCCACAUGCCAGAAGUCCAUUAUUUUCGAGCAGCAUCUGGAUCUGGCCGGUUUACCGACAGUUGCCGUUCCCGGCGGUUCAAGGCGGAUCAAACGUAUCGAGUACUUGGCGGAGGUGCGGAACCGAGCUCUAAAACCGCUGGACGACCAGCCGGGAGUGCGCUACGACAAGCUGCUCUACUUGAACGACGUUGCAUUCAACCCGGUGGAUGCGCUCCAGCUUCUGUUCUCCACAAAUGCCACGGAUGAUGGCGUUUCUCAAUACCGGGCCGCGUGCGCCGUGGAUUUCAUCAACCCAUUCAAAUUUUAUGACACUUAUGCGACACGCGAUCUGCAGGGCUUUGGCGUGGGCGUGCCUUUCUUCCCGUGGUUCACUAGCGCUGGACAAGGUCAGAGCCGCCAGGACGUACUAGCUCAGAAAGAUGCUGUGCGGGUGCGGAGUUGCUGGGGAGGAAUGGUAGCAUUCGACGCGCGGUUCUUCCAGCGCGAUACAGAUUCAUCGGUCAUGGAUGUACAGCCUCAGCUGCCUGGAGAGGACAAAUCACCUGCCCGGUUCCGGGCGUCACAUGAUACGUUCUGGGAAGCUUCUGAGUGUUGUCUUAUCCAUGCCGAUAUUCAGAAGCCUCAGCCGGACCCAGAGAAGAUCACAGACACGGGGAUCUAUAUCAAUCCAUAUGUCCGGGUUGCGUACGACACCCGCACCCUUUCCUGGUUAGGGACUACGCGGCGGUUCGAGAAGCUGUACUCUUGGAUCCAUGAUAUCCUCAACCAUUUCGUCGGCAUGCCUUGGUUCAAUCCUCGGCGAACCGAAGUCCCCGGCCAGAUAUCUCAGGAGAAGGUCUGGAUCCCUGAUGAACAUGAAGAGGGGAAUGGGUCAUUUCAACUCGUUGAUCGGGUUGCAGGCAAAGAUGGCUUUUGCGGACGCCCGGGACUCCAAGUCAUCAUCGAGCAUCGCAAAGAGGGCCAGAAGGGAUAUGAGGAGAUUGAAUGCAAUCCAAAUGAUAUCACAUUUCGAAACAACAUUGGAUGGAACAAUGAUGCUUGUAGAUCUGUAUUACGAAAACGCCCUCGAAAUGCCAUUCACCGUCGAGAUCACCUCGGUCACAAGCUAUUUUGGCGGGACUUGCCAAUCAUAUUAGACUUCAAGUGUUAUUCCCUACUAUGCUAUUUAUAUUUUAUCAUGGACAAGCGUCCGGUCCCUACAAUGGAAUUUGCCAGCAGGGUCACCAGUAUAAUCUACGGUGUCGUCGGAACCUUCAUGGAGAAGACGUCUUUCGGUCUCGAAGAGAGCCGACAUGCUCCCAAGAAGACACAUCUCUCGGAACCCCCUCUUCGUCGUUCAGGUAACGAAGCCACGCACUUCACUGUCGGCGAAAAUAAAACUCGCCCAUCCUCUGCUCCUUAUUUUCCAUCUCAGUCUUCUCCGUCGAUACUUCCCGUCGACACUUUCCUUUCCACUUGUUCUCUUCCUUCUUCUCCCUUAUCUUCUUCGUUUGGCAACACCAUGGAGGACAAGGAAAAUACCAAGACGUUCCCUGUCGCCGAUGUGGACGACACGGUCAGCUUCAUGGCUGCUGCUCGCUCCUUGAAGCUGCCAAAGACUUAUGGCACUCCUACUGUUGCUGUCGACGCGUCCAGUGAGAAGGCCAGUGUUUCAAUGAGUCGUCCCGAGUCUCGUGCUGAUGCUGAUGUUUUUGCACCAUCCGGUCAAAACACUUAUGACGACGAGUGGAGUAUCAAGCCUGAUGCCGAAGAAUCUGAAGUGAAGCCCGAGACCCCCAAGGCUGGAGUGUCCAGUGUUUUUGGUGACUCCGAGCCCCAGGACUACAAUGCUGCUGCUACUAUCAGCGCUGGUCCUCGUGGUUCGGAAGCUGUAGCUUCAAGUGACGCCAGUGAGGUAGAGGACCGUGAGAACCUUACUACUUUCAAGAGCUGGGGCACCCCUGCUGCUCGUGACAAGCCAGCUUCUCGUGUCCGUCGUAUCAUCCUCCGAGGCUUGCCUGCCACCUGGUGCACCCCUGCUAAGGUUCUGUCGCUUGUGCACGGUGGCAAUAUCGAAAGUGUCCACGUCCAUGGCAACGGAACUGCUCAUAUCCUCUUUUGUGAACAUGAAGCAUGCCAGGCCUUUUACGACAAGUACCCAAACGGCAUCGACCUUGACAAAGAAAGAAGGAUCACCGUGUUUGUUGAGAUGGGCAAGGAAGUUGACGUGGUCAGCUCCCAGCUUUCUUUCAACCUUUCUGUCGGUUCAACUCGCGCCGUGAGAGCUGUCGGAGUCGACAUGAAUGCCAGCAUGGCGCAGCUGUACAACAUGGCCUGUGGCAGUGGUCGCAAGGUUGAAAAGAUCCUGGACUCAUAUGUGCCUGGAGAUGCCCGUAACGUCGUCUUCCGCUUCUGCUCCAUCGAGGAUGCUGUGCGGUUCCGCGGGAUUCUCGUGCGUGAUCCUGAGUGGGAGCACUGCAACGUUCAGUAUGCGACAGACCCCUGCGAGUUCGCUACCGGUAUGCACAUUGACUGAAGUCAAGCAGACUAUGUUUGGCUACCUACAUAUGGGGCGGUUUACCAAGAUGGUCAUGUAUAGGGCGGGUUCGAAUAUAGGUAAAAUGGCAGGAUAUGCAGGAUGUAUCUGGGGUUGGGGAAGAUUGCUUAACGGACAGGCG